AGCCAUUUUGGCUCAAGCCAUUGGGCAGGAGCUGGCCGCGUGUCCCUCGCCGGCGGCGGGGCGGAGCGAUGGAGGCCCUGGCGGCCUCCCCGGCUGCGCAGGCUGCGUUCGGGGCCGCGAUGGCGAUCCUCGCCUCCGGAUGCUCGGCCAGGCAGUCGGCCUUCUUGUUGACCGCGGUGGCUCGCGGCACGGCCUUCGGCGGCUGCGGGAAGAAAGACGUAGAGGGCGCAGGCAUCUCGCUCGUCCUCCAGGAAGAAGUGUUGGUGGCUGUCCAGCGUGGCCUGGGCCUGGCAUCGAAACCCUCGCUCUCGAAGGCGAAGGAGUUCCUGCGCGCCCGCGGCGGCCAGGCGCUCGCCUCUCGCCUGGGACGCGUGAGCAAGAUCAGGAACUCCUCAGCGCACUUGGAUGUGGGCCUCCCUGGAGAUGUCGACCUGUUCCUCUCGGACGGCUCGGAGACGGAGGGCGACCAGGACGGUAAGCUCUCGGAGGAGGCAUACGAGGAGGACUCGACGAAGGAUCACGGGAAGAGCUGCAAGGAGCGGAUCCAGAAGGACUCCGAGGCGGCGAAGCAGCAUCUCCAUGAGCUGCAAGGACAAGUCGAGAAGCUGCAGCUGACCGUGCAGGACCUGAUGAGGAGCCAGAAGGACAUCAAGAAGGUAAACGAGGAGCUGCAGGGCGUCGGCAUCCUGGGCGACACGCUCCAGGUUGCAAGCGUGGCGCCGUACGCCAAGCAGGAGCAGUUCCAGACCUUCGAGGGCAAGGACAAGGACAAGGACAAGGAGAAAAAUGAGAACCUCAAUAUGCAGGCCGAGCGCAAGGUGCAGCUCACGGAGGCCAUGGACGGGCAGGUGUCGAAGCAGGCCGACGAGAUGGCGAAGCAGGCGCGGAACGGCCUCCUGGACUACUGCUGCACGUUGCACAACACCUUCCUGGAGGCGGAGGCCAGGGACAAGUUCAAGGAUGAAGACAAGGAGAAGAUCGGGAAGGCGAUCGACAACACCCUCGAUUGGCUGGAGGACCAGGCCGAUGGGAAGUCUGCGGCCGACAGCAAGCAGGAGCUCGAGCGUAAGCACCACGAGCUGGAGGGCAUCGUCAACCCCAUCAUGAUGAAGCUCGGGCGGAAGCUGGAGCAGGAGCACCAGAAGGGCGACGGCGAGAGCAACACGGUGAGCCUCUCGGAUGUCGCCGCCCAGAAGAUCAAGACCGAUUCCGAGAAGCAGGACGUCGAGGCCCACGACGAGAGGAAGGACGAGCCCGUCCCGCCGUGGGAGCGCGACGAAUCGGACGACGACGAGCACUGGAAGGCCCUGAAGCAGCGGCACCGCGUGCGCGGGGCCGACGCUUGAGCGCUUGUGGACCCCUUGCCCUCGGGGCUGCGCGUGGGAACGAAGAUAACCGCGCUCCCUGGGGCUGCUUCGGGUCGGCGCCGUGGAGGCGCAGUGCAAGCACUUUUUGUCGGGGUGCGGGGGCCUGUCGGGGUGCCGCGCAGGGGCUGUCGCCCCCUCUGCACGGACCCGCAAAAGGUCUGGAUGGCCCCCGCACCCGAAAGUUCUGUAAGAGAAGGGGGGGACUGUGUCCCCGUAUCCAAAGGAUCCAAAGGAUCCUCUUCUCCCUAUGCUGCGUCCUUCUUUUCAGGAGGGGAAGGAACACACAGACAACAUUCAUCGUGGACUCCCAGGAAAAUACGGGGA